UGAAGAGAGGAGAGAGGAGAGCAGAGAGAGGAGGAGGAGAGAGUGACGCGGGAGAGAUGAGCUGUUCUGGUCUUCCAUCUGCAGUUUUAAAACAUUUUUGAGCAAUAUUUCAAAGGAACCGUGUUGUCAUUUAUUUAUUUUUUUUUUGUCUCAGCUGUGCAUUUCCACGUUUUGAAAUCUUCCUUUCUCUCAGACGAACCUCAACCAACCGUGACAACUCGUUCCUUGCUUCUUUUGGAGAGCACCCGAACGUUUGUUUUUGACAACAACAACAACAACAACAAAAAUUUUGUUGACUUACCUGCGUCGGGAUUUCCUACGGAGAGUAGUUUUCUCACAGCUGAGCCAGAUUUCUGUUUGUCUCUGUCUUUACCUCUGGAGCUGCACAGCUGUGGCAUGCGGUGCUGAGGACCGCACCGACCGGAGCUGUCCGGUGCUGAAACCGUGAGACUGACGUGGCUGGAGCUGUGUAUACUGGGAACUGUCCGGUGCUGAAGUCCACAUCCUCCUGUCUAUGAUAAACAACGGGAUCAAACGAGCAAACGAGGCACACGGGACGAUUUUUAAUGGAAUUUCCAUAAGGGAACUGAUUCAUAUUUCUUUUUAUAUUUGACCUUUUAAAACUCCACAGGUUUUCCGGAGGUGACUUGAGGGAAUGAAAACAGACAAUUUAUCACCCUAGGAUCCAACAAUCACGUGCAAACCAUAGCAACAAACAAAAACUAACAUUUGCUAUGACGAAAACUCACAAGCAUGCGAGGACAGCUUGGUUUGUUUGAUCUUUAAAAGCCAUGACUCCAUUUUUGAGGCUGUUUGAUGGGAAGUAGCAAACACGCGUUUACUAGGCAGAGCAUCAAAUGCAAAUAAAGUCCACUGAAUAAGAGUUGCUUCCAAAGGUUUUGGGUUUGGAGUGAAGUGGGUCGAAAAUAAAGAGGUUGUUUAUCGCGUGAGUGUAGAGGAGCAGCUACUGUCCCAUCAUGCCUCGGUCUUUCUUAGUGAAGAAAGUCAAACUGGACGAUUUUUCUGCUGCUGAUCUGGAGAGCUCGUACAGUCACAGCCGAAGAGAAGAGCUCAGCUUGCGAUUCCACCACCAUGACAAAGGCUACGUCAGCGAUUAUCUGAGUCCAAAUCCUUACGAUGACGUGGUGGGAAGCGACUCAUCAGUCAUAUCUAAAGUACCCUCCCCGAGUCACUCCUCAAUCAUCUACAGCCGCAUCGACAGCACCUACUCCGGCAUCCAUGGAGACAUCAACGGAGAUUCGGACCAGCCCGACAGCCCGAGGUCCGAAGUGUCGUCGUCCGCCGGCGGGUACAUCAACGGGGACGCGGCGGUGAGCGAGGGCUACACGGUGGACGCGUUUUUCAUCAUGGACGGGCGGUCGAGGCGGAAGGCCGCGGCGAACCCGAGGGGGGCCACCCAGAGGCACACCUGCAGCGAGUGCGGCAAGACCUACGCCACGUCCUCCAACCUGAGCAGGCACAAGCAGACGCACAGGAGCAUAGACAGCAAAAUGGCCAAAAAGUGCCCCACGUGCGGGAAGGUUUACGUCUCCAUGCCCGCCAUGGCCAUGCACCUGCUGACCCACGACCUCAAGCACAAGUGCGACGUGUGCGGCAAAGCGUUCAGCCGGCCGUGGCUGCUGCAGGGCCACAUGCGCUCGCACACAGGGGAGAAGCCGUUCGGCUGCGCGCACUGCGGGAAAGCGUUCGCCGACCGGUCAAACCUGCGCGCGCACAUGCAGACACACUCAGCGUUCAAGCACUACAAGUGCAAGAGGUGCAACAAGACGUUUGCGCUCAAGAGCUACCUGAACAAGCACUACGAGUCGGCGUGCUUCAAGGGGGCUUUCUCCCCCAUGAGCUCACUGGGAGAAUGACGGACUCAUAAAUCAUAACUUUUGGUUGUUCGCAUCAGAUUUUGAUGGCCUCACGUCCCACUUUUCCCGUUUCUUCCCAAAACAAGAACCCGAGCACUGAUAAGUUAAGAUAGGUGUUUUCUCUGCAAGGAUCACAAGGUAUAUGGUAAAAAUAGACGUGGCUGUUCUUACAGAGAGGCCCUCCAUCCGCUCCUUUGUGUCAUAUUUCCUCUAUGUGACGGUGAAAAUCUUCAAUCUCUGAUUUAGCCGGCCACCUGCUUCAAUAAGCUUGAAGCCUGUUUUAAAUAUCUGUGAAGAUAAAUGAAGCACAGCACAUCUAGCUAAUCGUUUUAUUUUUUUUAAUGAUCUAUUUCUGUCCAUAUCUGAGCUCUUCAUUCAGUUUCUUCCCCAAACUACGAGAAAAACGACACUGAAGCACAACUGUUCUUCCAUCUCUCUGUCUUUCUGCGACAGGCCUUUCACAGCAUUUCAAGCAUGAAUCAAAGCUUCAGUUUCCUUGCAAAGAGAUUCAAUGGACUUUUGUAUCAUAUGCUUUUUUUAUACAUAUAUAUAUAUAUAAACACUCAUGAUCUGAGGAUGCACCUCGUGUCCUGCUUUUAGUGAAACUGACCUUGGACUGAACUUAGAAUAAGAUAACGCAUCAAAACAAAGGAAGCACACAGCAUCUCUCUUCUGCAAGAAAACACGGUACUUAUAAAGGUUUUGGUAUGAGCUAGUGUAUUACGCUACAGUUUCUAUACUAUUGGCAUAACCACAAUGAACUGUGAAGAAAAUAACACAUACAAACCUGCCAUUACAUGGUAGCACAGGUAUAAGGAAGUACACCUGUGUAAGAGGGGAACAUUUAUUUUUUUGGGGGGGAUGUUUCCUUAAACCAUGUUUUUUUUUGUUUUUCACUACAGUGUCAUGUUAGCAUUUGCAUUUAAGGAGACAAACUAGACUUCCGGUUCAGGAUCAGACAGCUAAAACACCCACUGAGCCACCAGGAUAUUCUUUGACAGUGUUUUCAUAUGAAUCUGAUGGUAUUUAUUUAUACUUAUCAAUGUCACAUGGGGACUGAGACAUUAAAAAAUGUCCCGAAACGUCCUCAAAAGGUCAAACCUUUUUCCAAGUGUUGUCAAAAUAGUUGUGAUCAAGCAGCACAGUAUUCAGCUUUGAGGUUUUUUGUACUUUUCGUCUAUUUAUUGCCUAAUUUAUUUGUUACGUUUAUUUAUUUGCACUUUAUUUUGUUAGUUUUUUUUUUUUUUUUUUGGCCUUUGUUACGAAUAUGCCAAAGCAUUUGACACUUUCUAAUUAAGACCUUUUUACUUUUGUCUGCCACUUUAAUUAUAAAAUCUACUGCAUGCAAAAAAAAAAAAAAUAAUAAUAAUAAUAAUUACAAUAGCCUAAUAAUGGAAUCUAUGCCAAUUUUAUGAAUUAUCUUUGGGAUAUUUUGCCAAAUCUCUUAGAUAACAGGCAAAUUAAGCAAAUUUCUGUCUUGGGCAAUAUUUCAUUCAUAUCUGAUAGAGCAAUAAUGCAUGAUAUUUUUGAAGAAACGUGAGUCAUAACUGCUUGUAACAUCUUGAUUUAUUUAUUAUUUUUUUUCCACUAUUCUAUGUAGUUAUGAGAAAUGAAAUUUCAGGGAGUUAGCGAACCAAUUUAGUGUUAAAUAAUGGGCGGGUGGGUUUUUCGAGCUGUGAAUUUACAGGAACUGUGACACUGUUGUGACUCUUUGGGGCUUUAUCCAGUGACUUUUGUGAGCAGUCAGAGAAAGAUUCGAUUAGAAAGAGCAGAGAGUUAGUUUUCUAAUAUUCUAACCUCUCCUGCUCCAGGAUGUAAUAUUGUGUGAAACAAGGGGGUCCUAGUUACAAUCAAAUCUCGGCAUCAUUAGCUUAUUGGAAAUUAUGUCUGUACAAGCAUUAGGAGCUGCUGGGGCUUCCAGGGAUUCACACAGAUAGCUCAACUCCUCUAGAUGGAAGGCUCUGGACUGGGUUGGGACGGGACUUUUUGUACGUGGUUUAUGCACUGCCUGCCUUGUAUUAUUAUUCUAAAAUAUUGUAGAAAGUAGAAGGUACUGCUGUAGACCUCUGGUGCUGAAACAUGGACGGAAACGUGCAUCCAGAAUGAGAACACUUAAGCAUCGGGUGCAUGUUUUCAUUGUUAAACGAGCGAAAGACAACUUCACAAUGGCCGUGGUCUGUUUGACCCCCAGCGGCCGUUCGUGCUUGUGUCUUGCAAGAGUUUUCUCCGAAUGAGCAGUUCAAAAUUAGUGAGUUCUCUCCUCACUUUGAAUCCAAUCAAAAGAUCAGCUUUCCUCCCGGGCUUUACGUGAGACAUUAAUUCAAAAACUUGUGUGUGAGGACUCCAGAGUCAACAAUACUCAUUAAAGCCUCUGCGCAGUAUCAGGUUGUUGUUUUUUACUUUUAUUUAUUUUUUUUUCUCCUUUUCAUCAUCUCUGGCUGUUGUGAGUUUGAUGUGGCAAAUCCCAAUGCAAUUAUAAAGAUUGUUGGGAGAGGGGAGAAGACGUUUGGUCAAUAUUUCAGCACCAGAGUGCAUUGCCGAACACUUAGAUUCUACUAUGAACUACUGUAGCCGACUAUAGUCACAAGCUAGUUUACCUAUUCUUAUAUAAAAGCACUUCCUCUUACGAAUUAUAUCCUACAACGUUUUCUUUUCAAAGACAGUAGCACAAUUAAAGAGUUUAGAUUCAGGUAGACGAUGCCUUGUAUGUAGAAACAACGACCUCUUUCUCAUUUUUCUAUGGUUAUGAAUCAAAGGUAAACACAUCAGAGAUGCUGACAUAACACAGGUUGUAUUGACUUUACAUAAGACCAGAAAAUACAGUAAAAAGUGACACCUUCAAUACAUGCGGUGUCAUUUUUUUUUUAAACACAUUUGUGAAAGCAUCUAGAUCCACAACUUUUUUUAGAGCAAAUAAAAACUUGACUAUUCUGCGGCAAGAGGCUUUGUACAUAAGCACUGAUGUGACUUUGGACUUAUUCCUACAGAACUGUACAGAGCGUUGAUGAUGAUGACGAUGAUGAUGGUGACAGUGAUGAUUCAUUUUUUUCUGGAGCUUCCUGCUUUAUUUUGAGUUCUUCCUCUGAGGUUUUUAUUAUUAUUGUUAUUAUUAUUUUUUAGACCUCCAGUGGCCGGUUUGAAACAAUGUAAAGCACAAAGACAACACUGGGCAUUUUGGUUCACUUCCUAAAUAAAAGUUACUUUAAAACA